CAGGUAGAGUGGCCAACACCCACGUAAUUAUUGUCUACCCGGACGAUAAUUAGCGACGUGAAAAGAGUUUGUGGUUCCACUACAGAAACCUCGGUUGACUUCUGAACAAGGUGGUAGUGGUGUCGACAUUCUCAGCGGCCAACUCAUGCUUCACAUCUUGGGGAAUCUCUACAUUUUUUUCCCCAAAAUCCAAAUGCAUGAAGCCGUUUGCUUUGUAAGAGAGACGCAGUCAUCCAGAGCAGUUCAAGGAAGACUUGGAAAACCAACCGAGAACACGGCCACCAAUUUCAACUAAACAUCCUGGAGGAUCAUUGUGACGUAUGCCUGGUCAUCUAAAUAUUCCGUCCCUGCGCCACCUCGUGAGCCCGACGUGUGGAGAAUCAUGCGCUGGCGAAAUGGUGAGGCUGAGAUGCCGGUGAGGCCCAGACCUUGACAACAGUUGCAGGAUGGGAAAUGUGGAGAGCCAAAACGGCGAGAACGCCAUCCACGGCGUCACGGCCGGCCACUUGUCCCGGAAGCACUCGUCAUCGCGCUCUCUCCGUCUGUCCUCGGCCGCCAAACAAUCAGUGGCCCGCCGCCCUCGCCAUUCCCUGUCGGGCAAGCAGCCGGAGCGGCACCGCAAUUCGGAAGCGUCCACGCGCUCCUCCAGCACACCCAGCAUCCCGCGCUCACUGGCCGAGAGCGGCCCGGAAGCCUUCGACGCCGAGGAUGCGGGCACCCUGGCCGACUUGGGCGUCAACCCGCACUGGACGCAGCGCGUAGCCAUGACUUUGAGACCCGAAGAGCACGAUGCCUCGGCUACACCCACACCCGACGCGUCUGAGGCGGACACUCCAGCUCUCGAUGACGAACCCACCGGUUUCAAGAAGAUGCGCUCCAAGUCGGCCGACAUGUGGAGGGAGGACAGCCUGGAGUUCUCGCUGUCGGAUCUCAGCCAGGAACACAUGACCAGUACGGAGGAGAUCGUGGACGGAGGCGAGGAGGAGGAGGCGGACGAAGAGGAGCCGUUCAGCCGGCCUCCCCGAAGGCCCAAAGGUGUAGCAGAGCGUUCCUCCUCUUUGGACCACCUGUGCAGCCACCAGAGUGCAGGCCUCCGGGGGCAAAGGGGCCGCGGCAGAGACGUCGUGCAGGAUAUCAUCGGCGAUGGCGAUGUCAACGCCGAGACAGGUCUUAUGUCUCCCAGUGAAGAGGAUGGCGGCGGAGGUGGCGGCGGCGCAUACGGAGCAUUCACGCUCCCCUGCCGACGCUCGCACUGCCUCUCGGAGGGCCUGACCGGGUUCGGCUUGGCCGCCCCGCCACCGCGUCCUGUUUUUCAGGGACGCCGCGCGCAAACCACUCAGGACAUUUCAGCCGCGCUGGGAGAGGGCAGCGAGUACGGCGACAGCGGCAUCGACGGCGUGGCGGCCGAGCCGGAGGCGGCGGCGGACGGUGAGCCGUCGUCGCGGCGCUGCAAGGCCAUGUCGGCGUCCUUUUCCGUGUACUCGGCUGUCGAGAGCGUCCUCUUUCGCGACGGCAGUGACAGCGGCAGCAGCAGCGCCGGCGUGGCGGAGUCACGAGGAGGUGGCGGCGGUGUCUACGAGAACUUCCGCAAAGAGCUGGACAAUCAAGUCUGGGCGCACCGAGGCCGGGACCGCUCGGAGGAGGCGAGCUCGGCGGUCAGCGAUGAGCAAAGCAGCGGCACGCUCAGCAGCGCCUACCCGUCGGAGUCGGCGGUGGCGGCCAGCUGUGCUCAUGGGACGGUGCGCAAAGCGGGAGCUCUGGCCGUCAAGAACUUCCUUGUGCACAAGAAGGGCAAGAAGGUGGAGCCGGCCGCCAGGCGCAAGUGGAAACACUACUGGGUUUCGCUAAAAGGCUGCACGCUGUUCCUGUACGAGUCGGACGGUCGCUCGGGCAUCGACCACACCAGCGUUCCCAAACAUGCGCUGUGGGCCGAGAACGCCAUCGUGCAGGCGGUGCCCGAACACCCCAAGAAGGAUUUCGUCUUCUGCCUCAGCAACUCGGCCGGAGACGCCUUCCUCUUCCAGACGUCGGGUCAGACGGAGCUGGAGAACUGGAUCACGGCGAUCCACUCGGCGUGCGCCGCCACCCUGGCCCGCCAGCACCACCGUGAUGACACUGUGCGCCUGCUGCGCGCGGAGAUCCGCAAGCUGGAGCAGAAGAUCGACAUGGAUGAGAAGAUGAAGAAGAUGGGCAACAUGCAACUGUCCACUGUCACCGACGCCAAGAAAAGGAAGACCAUCCUGGAGCAGAUCUUCUUGUGGGAGCAGAAUCUGGAGCGUUUCCACAUGGACCUGUUUCGCUGCCGCUGCUACCUAGCCAGCUUGCAGGGAGGCGAGCCCCCCAACCCCAAGCGCCUGCUGGGCUUCGCCUCACGACCCACCAAGCUGGCCAUGGGACGCCUGGGGAUCUUUUCCGUGUCCUCCUUUCAUGCCCUGGUGUCCGCGCGCACGGAAAUGGGCGUGAAGCGGCGCAGCCACGCCACGCCUUCUCGCACCUUCAGCAAACGCCGCAGUCGCUUCUCGUCGCUUUGGGGUCUCGACACCGCCUCCCGCAGGAAGUCCAAGACGCAGCAUCCGACCAUCAGCCAAGUGUUCGUUGACGGCGUCGAGCUGGCUAAAGCGCCCACGGAACCAACGUAUGAAGACUCGGCCAGCGACAAAUCUAAGGACCAAGAAAGCUCCGUCAAAAGUCUUCCCCAGUUGGCCCUCGACAAUGACGUGUGGCUCCAAGAGACCUUGGCCCCCUCCUGGGUGUGCCUUCCCGGCGACCAGCCCGUCCUGGCUGUGGUGCAGCCCGGCGACACGGCACUGGAGGUCCUGAGCGCCGUCUGCAAGAAGAACAAACUGGACCCUUCUUGUCACUACCUGCGUUUGAAGGUGGUUGUGGAUGACCGCGCUCUCCUCUACGUGCCCAAACCCGACGAGGACGUAUACGAUGUGCUGUACCAGGAGAUUGAGAUCUGCGCCAAAGCCACCAGGCUGAUCGAGUUCGACCGAGCCGAGUCAUGCACGCUGGGCUACGGUUUCUCUGUGUCUGUCAUGGACGAGGACGGCACGCAGCGGCUUCACAUCACUGACGUCAAAGCGGGAGGACUCGCUUCCGCGAAAGGUGUACAGGCUGGUGACGAGAUCCUGCUGCUGAACGGCAAACCGGCCGCCGCCCUGCAGAUGGACGACAUGCGGGUGGCGUUCGCCUGCCAGGCCCUGACACUGACAGUGGGCGCCCUACCCCGCCUGGACCCCGCCACCUUGUGCCCGCCCCCGGCGCCCCGACGCUCCGAUGCCGAGCCCGGUGCGCCCGCCACGGACAUCUUCUCGCAGAGCCAAGAGGACAUCCUGGAUGACGUGUCGGGUCUAACAGUGGACGAUAGUUUGGACGAGGUUACCCCGCAGGGUCCCAGAGAUCCUUCUGAAGAGAAGAUCUACAGGCAGAAGCAGAACGCGGAGCAGACAUCCUCCUUCCACCACCACAGCCUCCACGACGGUCCCGAGUGCCAGAUGUCCUCGUCCUCGUCGUCGUCCUCGAUAUCCCUGUCCCCCAGCCCGGUGUCGGCCCUGCCGCCGUCCUGCACUCAGCGUCAGCUCUCGCAUGCCGACAAGCUGCGGAAAGUCAUCAGCGAGCUGGUGGACACGGAGAAGACUUACGUCAAAGACCUGCACUGCCUCAUCGAGUGCUACUUGACGCCACUGCAGAAGGAGAGCUUCCUCACACAGGAUGAGCUGGACAUUCUGUUUGGCAACCUGGGCGAGAUGGUGGACUUCCAGGUGGAGUUUCUGAGGACUUUGGAGGACGGAAUCAGACUGGUGCCCAAUCUGGACAGACUAGAGAGAGUGGAACAGUUCAAGAAAGUGCUCUUCUCCUUGGGCGGCUCGUUCCUUUACUAUGCUGACCGCUUCAAGAUCUACAGCGCCUUCUGCGCCAGCCACACUAAGGUGCCCAAGGUGCUCGCCAAAGCGAAAACAGACCCGGACUUCAAGGCGUUCUUGUCCGAGCGGAACCCCAAGCAACAGCACUCGUCCACUCUGGAGUCCUACCUGAUCAAGCCCAUCCAGAGGGUCCUCAAGUACCCUCUGCUGCUCAGGGAGCUCUUCUCCCUCACGGACCCUGACAGCGACGAACACUACCACCUGGACGUGGCCGUGAAGGCGAUGAACAAGGUGGCGAGUCACAUCAACGAGAUGCAGAAGCUCCACGAGGAGUUUGGCGCUGUGUUCGAUCAGCUGAUCAGCGAGCAGAAGGAGGUGGGAGACCUCUCCAUGGGCGAUCUGCUCAUGCACUCCAGCGUGGUCUGGAUAAACCCUCCGGCCGCUUUGGCAAAGGGCAAGAAAGACCCGGAAUUGGCAGCCUUUGUUUUCAAAACCGCUGUGGUGUUUGUGUACAAAGACUCAGCCAAGCACAGAAAGAAAGUGGGCGGUUCUCACCGUUCAUCCCUGAACGAUGACCGGGAUCCGUUCCGCUUCCGUCACAUGAUCGGCGCGCAAUCGCUGCAAGUCCGAAGCCUCACAAAUUCUGAAGGCUCGGCUGUGUGUGAAAUAGUUCACACCAGGUCGGAAUCCGAGGGGCGACCGGAGAGAACCUUCCAGUUGUGCUGCAGUUCCGCAGAGAGCAAGAAGGAUCUGUUGAAGGCGGUGCACUCCAUCCUCAGGGAGAAGCAGCGGCGGCAGUUGCUCAAGACCGAGUCUCUUCCCCUCAGCCAGCAGUACAUCCCCUUUGGGGGCAAGCGACUCUGCGCCCUCAAGGGGGCACACAGGCCCGCCAUCAACCGAGCAGCUUCGGCUCCGACCCGCUCUCUGGCUCGCAGGAAACUGUUGCGAAACCGCUUCACUAUCGACACGGAUCUGGUCUUGGACAGAGACCCGGUUUUCAACAAUAACAACCACCACCACCGCCGGGACUCCGCCGCCCUUGGCGCCCCCUUGCCGCCCUCCUCGCAGGCGCCCGUGCCUUCGGAGCUCUGGCUGGAGCAGCAGUUCGACCUGCGACCCUACGAGGACGCCGCCAAGGUGAAGGAGACGGACAUUUUGAGCGACGACGACGAGUACUGCAAGUCGCGGCGCGAAGAGGCGACGGCCGAGCUGGAUGCCAAGAUGGACGCCAUGGAGAUCCGCGGCGUGCUGAAGGCCUGCGCGGCGCAGCGGCGCCCCGAGCGCGACUCCGUCUGGGUGCGCAGGGAUGACUUCGGCUGCAACAGGGACGUGUUCUGACGCCGCCGCUGCCAACCGCACCUGAUGGGGUGCACUGGCCACUUCAUUAGGUCCACCUGCGUCAAUCCAGGUGUGCGUUCAAUACAAUUCUCCCCUCCGUGAGGAUCACUAAGUAUCAGUCUCGGCCCUUUUUCGCUUCACCGUAGGUUUGCCCGCCUUGCGUCUCAGAAUACACUUUAUUUAUUUUGAAGGAUGGACCCAUUUUGUUGGUUUAUAAUCAUACAUGAUGGCCCAGGUGCUUGACAUCAGUCGUUGGUCAUCUUUAAAAAAAAAAAAAACAUCCAGAAUUUACUGUUACAGCAAAAUCCCUUGUGAGUUGAUGUCAGAACCACCUUUUUUUUUAUUCCCAGGAUAAAAAAUGCCAGACAUCAAGGAUUCCAAUGUUGUUCAGCAUUGCAGUUCUCAAAACUGUUCCAUUGAAGCAAGAAACCCAUUGAGUUUCAAGGAUAUUUAGGACUAAAUCGGGUUUAUAUCCUCCUCCUGUUCACCUCAAACCUCCAGAUUGCACUGUUCGAGCAAAAGAAUUCUAUAGAUUUUGAAGGGUAGACUCAAAUCCUUAGGUUACGAGCUCGAACCCUGUCUGGUUUUAGCAAUACAGUGUUGUCCAGGUAACUAAUAUCAAAAGCACCUUGAUUCAAAACUUCUGAAAUACAAUCCUGUUGAUCCAUUUUACCAGCAAGAAUCCUAUUGCUAUUUAGCACUCAAAGAUGGCUUCUUUUUAGGGCCUAAAUGUCUAUUUUUCCAUACAAAAAAACCUUUCAACCUCGCUCUUUAUGACCCUCUACAUUUGUUUUUAGCACCCAAGGGCUGCAUGUCGCUCACUUUUCCCUCCAGGAGGUUCUCGGCCCCCCUCGAUGGAGUUUAUCGCCAGGAUGUUUGUAUUUGUAACUCCCCGAAACUCACUUCUGAUAUAAAAUGUUUGUAAAAAAAAAAAAAAAAAAAUCGAUAGGAUUGACUUUAUUCCCUUCCUGUUUUUAACCACACCUACCACCGC